AUGGGGAGGAUUGCCUCUGAUUAUUUUAAUAAGCUUUUUGCACAAUCGGAUGUGUGUGGUAUUUCAGAGAUGGUACAAGCGGUUAAUCCAUUUGUUACAGAACAUAUGAAUAGAGAGUUAACUAACGAUAUUUCAGAGAUGGAAAUUCGAAUGGUCCUAUUUGCAAUGCACCCGGAGAAAACCCCGCGACCAGACUGGAUGACAACAUUUUUCUUUCCGAGGUUUUGGCCUUUUCUUAAAGGAGAUUUGGUUGCUCUGGUUAGGGAUUUCUUUCGGACUGGGAAGUUUGAUCCCAAACUUAAUGAGACUAAUAUUUGUCUGAUCCCAAAGGUUGAAACGCCUAAAAUAAUGGCAGAAUUUAGGCCUAUUAGUUUGUGUAAUACCAAUAGGAUGUGUAGUUCUGGUUUUUUGGCUUUCAAAACGGAUAUGAGCAAGACCUAUGACCGUGUUGAAUGGGAUUUCCUGAAGGCGCUAUUAUCAAAAAAAGCAGAGAGGGAGGAAAAGAUUACAGGCAUUAAGAUUGCUCGUGAUUCGCCCCCUAUUUCUCAUUUUCUCUUUGCGGAUGAUAGUCUGUUUUUCUGUCAAGAGGAUGAAGAACAAUGUUCAACGGUCAUGAAUAUCAUAGGUAACUAUGGUAAAGCAUCUGGUCAGGAGGUAAAUUUCGAUAAGUCCUCCAUUAUGUUUGGUAAAAAGGUGACUUCAGAGGUUAAGGACAGGGUAAAAUCAGUCAUUGGAAUCUCCAAGGAAGGGGCAUCUGGUCAGGAGGUAAAUUUCGAUAAGUCCUCCAUUAUGUUUGGUAAAAAGGUGACUUCAGAGGUUAAGGACAGGGUAAAAUCAGUCAUUGGAAUCUCCAAGGAAGGGGGUAUGGGUUCCUAUUUGGGAAUUCCUGAGAGUCUCGGAGGCUCGAGAGUUCAAGUAUUCUGUUACGUUCGACAUAGGAUGAAUGACCGGGUGAAUGGUUGGACAGCAAAAUUCUUAUCUAAGGGAGGGAAGGAAGUAUUACAAAAGUCGGUGGCUUUGGCUCUCCCUACACAUGUUAUGUCUUGCUUCAAACUUCCUCAAGGCUUAACGACCAAAUUGACGAGUGCUAUAUCAAAUUUCUGGUGGAGUUCUAAUGGGAAGGAUCGGGGGUUUCACUAG